AUGGAGAAAUCGUGCAGUUUGGUGGGGCCCUUCGACAAGGGAACGCCGGCACUGGCCAACAAGAUCAAGGAAUCCCUCAAAAGAAAUGACGUCGGAGCCAAGAUCGUCGCGCUGAAGAAGGCGAUCAUGCUCCUCCUCAAUAGCGAAAUCAUCCCUCACCUAUUCAUCACCAUAAUCCGCGACGUCCUCCCAUAUGAGGACCACACCGUGCAGAAGCUCCUUCUUCUCUACUUCGAGAUCAUUGACAAAACCGAUUCCCGCGGCAAGGUUCUCCCGGAUAUGAUUCUCAUCCGCCAGAACCUCCGCAACAACCUCCAACACCCUAACGAGUACAUCCGCGGUGUCACCCUCCGCUUCCUCUGCCGUCUCAACGAAUCCGAGAUCAUCGAGCCUCUCAUCCCGUCCAUACUCUCCAAUCUCGAGCACCAACACCCCUUCGUCCGCCGCAACGCCAUCCUCGCCACCAUGUCCGUCUACAAGCUCCCCCAGGGUGAGCAACUUCUCGACUCUGCGAUCGUCGAGAAGUUCCUCUCCACCGAGCAGGACCCUUCCAGCAAGCUAAACGCUUUUCUCAUGCUGUUCUCAUGCGCGCAGGAUCGCGCUAUCAAUUACCUCUUCAACAACAAUGUGAAGAUCACUGGCUGGGGUGAGCAGCUUCAGAUGGUGGUGCUGGAGCUGAUUCAGAAGGUUUGUAGGAACAAUAAGGGUGAGAAAGGGAAAUAUAUUAAGAUUAUUAUAUCAUUGCUGAAUGCACCUUUUGUUGCUGUUAUUUAUGAAUGUGCUAGUACUCUUGUGUCGCUAUCUUCUGCUCUGACCGCCAUUAAAGCUGCGACGAGCACUUAUUGCCAGCUCUUGCUUUCUCAGAGCGAUAAGAAUGUGAAGCUCAUUGUGCUCGUUCGCCUGAACGAGCUCAAGAGCUCUAACAGGGAGAUCAUGGUUGAGAUGGUGAUGGAUGUCCUCAGGGCACUGUCCAUCCCAAAUCCUGAUAUCAGAAGGAAGACAAUUGGCAUUGCACUUGAGCUCAUUACUUCUAGGAACAUUGAUGAGGUUGUUAUGAUGCUCAAGAAAGAGGGUGUGUGA